AUGAUUACUCAGGCAGGAAAAGACAUAGAGGAACGUAUAGGGCAAGAAUUAGUUCCUGGGACCAUUAAAGAUAUGGUUACUCAGGCAGGAAAAGAGAUAGGGGAACGUAUAGGGCAAGAAUUAGUUCAUGGGACUAUAAAAGAUAUGGUUACUCAGGCAGGAAAAGAGAUAGAGGAACGUAUAACGCAAGAAUUGCUUCCUGGGGCCAUAAAAGAUAUGGAAGAACGCCCAAUCAUUGAGGAAGUAAAAGACAUGAAGGAACAAAUAAUGCAAGAAUCUUCUACUCAGGCAGGAAAAGAGAUAGAGGAACGUAUAGGGCAAGGAUGGGUUACUGGGGCCAUAAAAGAUAUGAUUACUCAGGCGGGAAAAGACAUAGAGGAACGUAUAGGGCAAGAAUUGGUUCCCGGGACCAUUAAAGAUAUGGUUACUCGAGCAGGAAAAGAGAUAGAGGAACGUAUAGGUGAGGAAGUAAAAGACAUGAAGGAACAAAUAAUGCAAGAAUCUUCUACUCAGGCAGGAAAAGAGAUAGAGGAACGUAUAGGGCAAGGAUGGGUUACUGGGGCCAUAAAAGAUAUGAUUACUCAGGCAGGAAAAGACAUAGAGGAACGUAUAGGGCAAGAAUUGGUUCCUGGGACCAUUAAAGAUAUGGUUACUCAGGCAGGAAAAGAGAUAGAGGAACGUAUAGGUGAGGAAGUAAAAGACAUGAAGGAACAAAUAAUGCAAGAAUCUUCUACUCAGGCAGGAAAAGAGAUAGAGGAACGUAUAGGGCAAGGAUGGGUUACUGGGGCCAUAAAAGAUAUGAUUACUCAGGCAGGAAAAGAUAUAGAGGAACGUAUAGGGCAAGAAUUGGUUCCUGGGACCAUUAAAGAUAUGGUUACUCAGGCAAGAAAAGAGAUAGAGGAACGUAUAGGUGAGGAAGUAAAAGACAUGAAAGAACAAAUAAUGCAAGAAUCUUCUACUCAGGUAGGAAAAGAGAUAGAGGAACUUAUAGGACAAGGAUGGGUUACUGGGGCCAUAAAAGAUAUGAUUACUCAGGCAGGAAAAGAGAUAGAGGAACGUAUAGGGCAAGAAUUGGUUCCUGGGACCAUGAAAGAUAUGGUUACUCAGGCAGGAAAAGAGAUAGAGGAAUGUAUAGGGCAAGAAUUAGUUCCUGGGGCUAUAAAAGAUAUGGUUACUCAGGCAGGAAAAGAGAUAGAGGAACGUAUAGCGCAAGAAUUGGUUCCUGGGGCCAUAAAAGAUAUGGAGGAACGUAUAGUGCAAGAAUUGGUUCCUCGAGCAAUAAAAAAGAUGGAGGAACUUAUAUUUCAAAUGGUUGCACUAAGAGCAAAAUCUGGAACCACUAUCGCUGGAGGUGUGGCUAGGAAUGUAGCAGAGUGCAUGUCAAAACUAGGAUCAAAGCCAUUCAUGAUUAGGGCUAUUGGGUUUGACAUGGCUGGAAACCUGUUGUUGAAUCAGUGGAAAUCUGCUGGCCUAUCUGCAGAAGGUAUAUGGAAGGAUAAAGAUAUUGAAAAACCAUUUGUAUGCAAUAUAUUUGAUGUUAAGGGUGAGAUAGCAGCUGGUGUUGCUAGUGUGGAGGCUCUUGAGGGGAAGAGGCUGAGGGAGGAGGUGAAGCAGUUGAGGAGUUUGGUGGAAGAGAAGGAUGAGAAGAUAAGGGAGAUGGAGGUUGGAAUGAUGGAGAAGAACAGUGAGAAGGAGUGGGAAUUGAUGGGGGCUAAGCUCUUGGUUGAGCAGAUGAAGGAGGAGAGAGCAAGGAGAGAUGAAGCUGUGGAGAAAUGGAAGAAACUUUAUCUUGAAAUCAAGACAGAGCUUGAUGAACUCAUUCAAAGAACAUGUGAUGGGGAUGCUCUGUAUUUGAAAGCAGAGGAAAAUGACAUCCAAAUGGAAAAUCUGAGGAAGGAAUUGCAAGAAAAGGAGGAGAGGGAGAAAAUCAUGGACCUAAUCAUGCAAGGUGGUAGCGGUGGAAAGGUUGCGCUAAGAGGUAAAAAAUUGGAGUAUGGGGAUGGAGAAGUCGUAAUGAUUGGGGAUAUGCCUGGGAGCAAAAUAUGGAACCACUGUACCUAG